AUGAGAUUGUUCAAGAAAAGAGAAAGCGUUGAAUCUCUGGAGCCAAAAGAAGAGAUAGAAUCAACAACCACUUCAGAUGUCGAAUCAGUGAAACCUAUUUCUGCUAAAAAAGGUUCACCUAUAGUGAAAGCAAUCAUUGGAUCUAAACCUGCUCCAAUUGUUCAAGAAGAGUCAACAUAUCCAUAUUUAACUGCAAACAUUUUUUCAAAGAUUACAUUUCACUGGGUUUCACCAAUCAUAAAGAAAGGUUAUUUGAGAAGGAUAGAAGAUGAAGAUUUAUGGAAGCUAGAAGGUGAUUUAACAGUACGAUCAAUGACUGAGAGAUUCGAAGCAAAUUUAGAAAAACGUAUUGAACAAUGGAGGUCAAAAAAUCCAGAUAAAGAACAAUUUACAAAAAUUGUUGUUAUUAAAGCAAUUAAUGAUACUUUUUUCAGGAGAUUUUGGAUAGGUGGAUUCAGUAAAUUUCUUGCUGAUAUAUCGAUGGUGUUAACACCAUUAUUGGUUAGAGCUCUUAUCAAAAUUAUUCAAAACAAAGGUGAUGGGAAAGUCGUACCUCAUGUUGGUCAUGCUAUAGGUAUUGCUAUAGGUAUUUCAUUGAUGAUGAUUUUUUCAAGUUUAAUGAUAUGUUCAACUUUCCAUCUUUCAAUGUUGACAGGUGCUCAAUGUAAAGCAUUGUUAACAAACAUUAUUUAUAGAAAAGCUUUUAAAUUAAGUUCUAAAGCUAAGCUGAAAUAUCCCAAUGGUAAAGUAAACAGUUUAGUUAUGUCUGACCUUUCAAGAAUUGAUAUGGCUAUGGGUAUGUUUCAUUUCAUUUGGACUUUCCCAAUUACUAUGAUAGUUGUUUUAAUUGUGUUGGUUUGUAACUUGGGACCUCCAGGUUUAAUAGCAAUUGGACUUAUUUUAGUUUUGGUGGCUUUUAUGUUUUAUGUUACAUCAAAAUUAAAACUUUGGAGAAGACAAUCAACAAAAUUCAUUGAUAGUAGAGUUCGUUCAAUUAAUGAAAUUAUCAAUUCUUUAAAAAUGAUUAAAUUUUAUUGUUGGGAAAAACCUUAUUAUAAUGCAGUUGAACAAUAUAGAACUAAAGAAAAAGGAUUCAUUUUGAAAAUUCAAUUAUUAAAAGCUAUUUUGAACACUUGUGUUUCAAUGGUUCCAAUUUUAGGUACAAUGUUAGUUUUCUUAACAAUGUUCAAGACAAGUUCAGGUUUUGUUUCAUAUAAUAUUUUCUCAGCUGUAACAUUGUUGAAUACUUUAAGAUUCCCAUUGAACAUUUUACCAAUGGCUGUUGGGUUUUUAGUUGAUGCACUUUUAGCAAUGGAAAGAUUUGCUGAUUUCUUACAAGCUGAAGAAAGCGAAGAAACCGUUCAAAGACUUGGUUAUGAUGACUCUGAAAAUGCUAUUGAAAUUUCAAAUGCUACUUUUAAAUGGGAUGUUGAGGAAAUUGAAGAACAAAAAGUUAAACCAGAGAAACAGACCACUGAAGAUAAUAAAGGAGAAGAUUUAAGCUUUCCUGGUUUGCUUGAUCUAGAUUUGAAUAUUAAAAAGAAUGAAUUGAUCAUUGUCACCGGAUCCAUUGGUACUGGUAAAUCUUCCUUAUUAAGUGCCAUUGAAGGUUCAAUGAGAAAAGAAUCUGGUGAAUCGAAAAUUUAUGGAUCAUUAACUUUUUGCUCAUAUCCAUGGAUUCAAAAUGAAACCAUCAGAGAAAAUAUUUUAUUUGGCUCACCAUUCAUCAGAGAAAAAUAUUAUUCUAUUGUUAAAGCAUGUGCACUAGAUGUUGAUUUUCAAGUACUCCCAGAUGGUGAUCAAACAGAAGUUGGUGAACGUGGUAUUACAUUAUCAGGUGGUCAAAAGGCAAGAAUCAACUUAGCAAGAGCCGUUUAUGCUGAUAAUGACAUUAUUUUGUUAGAUGAUGUUUUGAGUGCAGUUGAUGCAAGAGUUGGUAAGCAUAUUAUGAAUGAAUGUAUAUGUGGUAUUUUGAAAGAUAAAACAAGGGUUUUAGCUACUCAUCAACUUUCGUUAAUUGGAUCUUCAGAUAGAAUCAUUGUUCUUGAUGGAUCAGGAUCUAUAGAUAUUGGAACUUAUUCUCAAUUGUUAACUAGAAAUGCUACAUUUGCCAAAUUGAUGGAAUUUAGUAAAGAAGAAAGUGAUGAAGAAGAAAAUGAAGACGAUGAAAAAUCUAUUAUGGAAGAGGAAGAACAAACUGCUCUUGAGAGACAAAAGACUGAAAUAUCCAAAAUCCAAUCAAGAAGACAAGAAAAUGAGUCAUCUACUACAGAAAAGGGAAGAAUAACAACAAAUGAACAAAGAGGCACAGAUAGUAUCUCUAUGAAGAUUUAUGCAAACUAUAUGAAAUUAGGUAGUGGACCUUUUGGGUACGCUAUAAUUCCAAUUUUCAUGUUGAUUUUAGCAAUGAAUGGAUUUUUACAAUUAUUUCAUUCAGUAUGGUUAACAUUUUGGCUUUCACAUAAAUUUGAUAUCUCUACAAAUGCUUAUAUCGGUAUUUAUAUCAUGUUUGUAUUUCUUGCUAUUGGAUCUUAUGCUCUUUUAUUCACUACAAUGGGUGCGUUGAAUAAUAAUGCUGGGUUACAUUUGUUUAAUUUAAGUGCUAAAAAACUUUUGAAAACUCCAAUGUGGUUUAUGGAUAUUACACCAAUUGGACGUAUUUUGAAUAGAUUUACCAAAGAUGUUGAUGUGCUUGAUACAGAUUUGAUUGAACAAUUGAGAUUAUUUAUCCAAUCUAUUGCUUUAGUUGGAGGUGUUGUCAUAUUGUGUGGUGUUUAUAUACCAUGGUUUUUUUUGAUUUUACCAUUUGCAUUUGGUGUUUUUUACUAUUUGUCUCAUUAUUAUCAAUCAUCAGCUUUGGAUAUUAAAAGAUUAGAAUCUAUUAAGAGAUCAUUUGUGUUCAGUCAUUUUAAUGAAUCACUAACAGGUAUGAGAGUAAUCAAAUCUUAUGGAAGUCAAGAAAGAUUCAAACAAAGAUAUGAAAAAUUAAUUGAUGAUAUGGAUUCUGCUUAUUUUGUCACAUUAGCAAAUCAAAGAUGGUUGGGUGUUAGAUUAGAUGCAGUGGGAUCAUUAAUCAGUUUAUUUGUUGCUAUUCUUUGUUCUUGUGGUGUCUUCAAUAUGAAUGGUGCACAAUCUGGGUUGUUAGUUUCAUAUAUAAUUCAAAUUGCUUCUAUUAUGUCAUUAUUAUUAAGAUCAAUGACCCAAGUUGAGAAUGAUAUGAAUUCUGUGGAAAGAUUGUAUGAAUAUGCUACAAAAUUACCAGAAGAAGGUCCUUUUGAAGUAGAAGAUAAAAAACCUGAGAAAUCAUGGCCAAAGAAUGGUGAAAUUCAGUUUAACGAUGUUUCAUUGAAUUAUAGAGCUGGGUUACCACUAGUAUUGAAAAAUGUUUCAUUUAAUGUUAAAGGUGGUGAGAAAAUUGGGAUUUGUGGCAGAACAGGUGCUGGUAAAAGUACAGUGAUGAAUGCAUUAUUUAGGGUUAAUGAAUUAAUUGGAGGAAACGUUGUGAUUGACGAUGUUGAUAUUUCCCAGAUUGGAUUAGAUGAUUUGAGAUCCAAAUUAUCAAUUAUUCCACAAGAUCCUGUUUUAUUCCAUGGCUCAAUUAGACAAAAUUUAGAUCCUUUUGGUAAAAGUCCUGAUAUUGAACUUUGGGAUGCAUUGAAAAGAAGUUGGCUUGUUGAAGAAGGUGCUUCAGGUACUGGGAAAUUCAUUGCAGGUGAAACCGAUAUAAAAUCAUUCCAUAAAUUCCACUUGGAUCAAAAUGUUGAAGAUGAUGGUGCCAAUUUCUCAUUAGGUGAACGUCAAUUAUUGGCCUUAGCUAGAGCUUUGGUUCGUAAUACAAGAAUUUUGAUCUUGGAUGAAGCUACAUCUAGUGUUGAUUAUGAAACUGAUGCUAAAAUUCAAUCCACAAUUAUUAAUGAGUUCAAACAAUGUACAAUUUUGUGUAUUGCUCAUAGAUUAAAGACCAUAUUGAAUUAUGAUAAAAUAUUGGUUUUAGAUAAAGGUGAAGUUAUGGAAUUUGAUACACCAUGGAAUUUAUUUAAAUAUGGUGGUAUUUUCACAGAAAUGUGUGAAAGAUCUAGUAUCACAGAAGAAGAUUUUGAAGGGUUAAAGAAGUAG